GCUGCUCUAUAAAUAGCUGCCUGGCCGUCCUCCUGUCCUAGAGUGACUGACAGCAGGACGGGGUCUCCAGCCAGCAGGAUGACAGCUAAGUCUCCGGUCUCCCCCUCCUCCGGCAGCAGGGAGCUGGUGUACGGCUUUCUCUCCCUCAGCCUGGCCGUGCUGCUGUACGGGAGCUACCUGGUGCCCAUGAGGAGGGCCGACCCCCGAGACGGGAUGUUCUUCCAGUGGGUGAUGUGCGCGGCCGUGUGGUCGACCGCAAAGCUGGGCGACCUGCUGCUGGGCUCACCGCCGGCCCCGCCCCUUGCCCUGCUGGGGGGCGUGGCCUGGGCCACAGGUAACAUGGCGGUGGUCCCCACGGUGGAGGCCGUCGGUCUCGGUCUGUGUGUCCUCCUCUCUGGUUCCAGCAGCCUGUUGAUGGGCUGGGCCAGCUCCAGGUUCGGCUGGUUCGGGGUCUCUCCUGAGGAGGUCUCCAGGCCGCUGCUCAACUACUGCGGAGCCGGACUCUGUCUGGUCAGCGGGGUCAUCUUCUUCUUUGUGAAAACCAACGUGGCCGCGGAGAGCGCCGAUUCCAGUCCCCUACUACCGACCAACGGGGGGCUCUGCUCUGGGAGGGGGUCUUCUGACGCCCGGACGGGGCUGAAGGCGGUCCGACCAGAGAUCAGGAGACUCAUAGGCUUUCUGCUGGCGGUGGCGUCCGGCCUUCUCUACGGCUCCUCCUUCGUCCCCGUCCUCUACAUCAAGGAGCACGCGCUGCUCAACGGCUCCGCCUACCACGGCGCCAGCACGCACGACGUGGACUACGUCUAUGCUCAGUGUUCCGGGGUCUUCCUCACCAGCACCGUCUACUUCCUCAUCUACUGCAUCGUGAAACGCAACCGACCGCACGUCCUGCCCUCCCUGGUCCUACCAGCCCUGCUGUGUGGCGUCAUGUGGACCCUGGGCACCUUCUGCUGGUUCCUGGCCAGCAGCUUCCUGAGUGCCGUCGUUACCUUCCCCAUCCUCAGUGCUGGGUACGGUCUAGUCGCUGCCCUCUGGGGGUCCUUGGUCUUCAAGGAGGUGACGGGUCCAGCCAACAUCCUGGUCCUCGCCCUGGCCUCUGCCGUGGUUCUAGCGGGUUCCCUGCUGACCGCCGUCUCGAAGAUCUGACGGCAGAACCCGUCCCGCCAGUAGGGCUCGCCCCCCUGGUCCCAGUCCGGCGGGGUGCUAGGUGACAAUAAUAAGCUGGUGGUUGACUGUUGCUAAACAGCCUGGUGACUGUUGCUAAACUGCUGGGUGACUGUUGCUAAACUGCUGGGGGACUGUUGCUAGACUCCCGGGUGACUGUUGCUAAGCUGCCGGAUGACUGUUUUUAAGCUGCCGGGUGUCUGUUGCUAACCUGCUAGGUGACUUGUUAAGCUGCCGGGUGACUGUUGCUAACCUGCUAGGUGACUGUUGUUAAGCUGCCGGGUGACUGUUGCUAACCUGCCGGGUGACGGUUGCUAAACUGCCGGGUGACUGUUGCUAAGCUGCCGGGUGACGAUUGCUAAGCUGCUGGGUGACUGUUGCUAAGCUGCCGGGUGACUGUUGCUAACCUGCCGGGUGUCUGUUGCUAACCUGCCGGGUGACUGUUGUUAACCUGCUAGGUGACUGUUGUUAACCUGCCGGGUGACUGUUGCUAACCUGCUGGCUGCUCUGCCUGUAGAUGUAGGUCGUGUCAGGCCGUCCUGACCUGGCUGUCAAACACAAGUGACCGCAGGAGACGCAGUCUCCCCUCGGUUCCUGUUAUUAAAAUAUUGUUUGUUUAUA